GUUGACUACUUUAAAAUGGUGGAAGGCGUCAAUGGCAAGCUCUGUGCUAAACUGGGUUAUAUCCAUGAUGAGUCUUCUAUCUAUCUCUAUGGUUCUUACGCGCAUAGUCACUCAAAUUCUGCAGUUCCGUGCUGGCGCAGCGCGUACUUCCGCUUAUGCUCGUCCUCAGGCAAACGACACACAAAGUGUAUUAUUCUUUUUGCACUGCUUGACAUUCAUCGGAGACUUUCUCAAGGGACAACAUAUUCUACCACAGAAUAUCAGUCCACAAUGUCAGAAACCGUGAAGUACAUGGAUGACGAACACAAGACCAUCUUCCUGAAAAUACUAAAUGAGCAACGGUUGGAGGGUGAACACUGCGACAUUGCAGUGGUCGUUGAAGACGUAAAGUUCAGGGCCCACCGCUGCGUGUUAGCGGCGUGCAGCAACUACUUCAAAAAGCUGUUCAAGAAACAUGAAGUCGACAACUCCUCAGUCAUAGAAAUUGACUUCAUCCGCUCAGACAUCUUCGAGGAGGUGUUGAACUACAUGUACACAGCCAAGAUUACUGUGAAGAAAAAGGAUGUGAAUUUGCUGAUGUCUUCGGGCCAGAUACUCGGAAUCCGAUUUCUGGACAAACUCUGUUCACAGAAGCGUGAUAUGUCCACUGAAGAAAAUAAUGUCCAUAAUGCCAAACCAUUUCCCUAUGAUAUUGUCAAAAUGGCUCUCCCUACUGAUGACCCUACAUUGGGCCAGGAGAACGACGUGCAGGUGCUAGGUGACCAUGAUGACACUCCCACUGACGACCUUGUGGAAGAGCCGACGGCCAAUCACGACUUGGACAAAUCGCCAAACACGGUGUUGAGAGUGCAGGAGGCCAUUCUCAAAGAGCUGGCCAAUGAGGACGUGCACAAGGUGAGCUGCUACGACCAGGACGUGGAGCCCAUGGACACGGAGCCAAAAGACCUGGCGGGUCACGCCACCACCACACUGACGUUCGCUGACAGCAUCGGCGAGGUGAAGGACGAGCAGCCCCCUGGGUGGUCCACAUCCACGACGGACAUGAAGUUCGAGUACCUCCUCUACGGCCACCGCGAACAGCUCGCCUGCCAGAUCUGUGGAAAGACCUUCAUCGACGAGAACCGUUUGAGGAAACACGAAAAGCUGCACUCGGCAGAACGUCCAUUCAUCUGUGAGAUCUGCAGCAAAGCCUUCACUACACAGGCCCACCUAAAGGAGCACCUGAAGAUCCACACAGGCUUCAAGCCCUACCGCUGCGAUGUAUGUGGCAAGUCCUUCAUUCGAGCACCCGACCUUAAAAAGCACGAACGAGUCCACAGUAACGAGCGUCCCUUCGGCUGCCAGAUGUGCGACAAGGCCUUCAAGCACAAGUCCCACCUGAAGGACCACGAGAGGCGCCACAGGGGCGAGAAGCCCUUUGUCUGCGGCUCGUGCACCAAGGCCUUUGCCAAAGCCUCGGAUCUAAAGAGACAUGAGAACAACAUGCACAGCGAGAGGAAGCAGAUGCCGCCCAGCUCCCUGCAAACUGAGACUGAACAGCUGCAGGCAGCAGCAAUGGCCGCUGAGGCCGAGCAACAACUGGAGUCCAUAGCGUGCUCAUAGCACACAACAUUUGUAUCUCACUUGUCAUGGACAAUAUGAGAAGAAUCUGAGUUUUUCGAUUAUGUUUCAUUUGGUAUUUUCUUUUGGGAGGCCUAAAUACUCCAAUAAUUACAUAGAUUUGAUGUUGAGAAUUUUCCUUGAGGAUAUAGUGGAGUAAGAUCGGAUUUGAAUGCGUUCAUAUAUUUUCAGACUUAUUUCAUGUAAUUUAGGUUUUCUUGCACUGUUCUGUGGUAUGACAUAUUUUUCUUGAUUAUAUUGUAAAUGUUUAAAAUAUUUUGUUUUGGUAGGAAUGAUCAUACCAAAUGUGUUUGUGUAAAUUUUAUGGCAGCCUUAUGGACAAAAAUGCUCUGACUACUGCCUCUACCUGGUUUUGGUUGUCAAUAUAUUAGUGCUGUUAUACAGUACUGGUUUUAUAAUGAAAACUGGAAAUAAAAUGUUUGAUUUGUAAAAUGUAUGAAAAAGAAUGGUUACAAACUACUACAUGUUUGACGGUUAAAUAUUCCAUUGUGUUACACACACACACACACACAAACUCUUAGUGUAAUUGACAUGUACAUUUAGCACAUCAAAAUAUGUGUUGCUUUAAUAAAAAUGCUACCCUCAACUGCCAACAAAUCAUAUCUUUGCAUUAUUUUUGUAAAUAAAUUGUAGCUGUGAUUUGUGCAGACUAUGCUUGCACCGAUUGACAUGCAAGCAUACAGUCUCAGUUGGUAGAGCGCUUGCACCACCAGGGUUGUGGGUUCGAUUCCCAGGACCAGCCAAUAAGUUUGCUGUAAGUUGCUUUGGAUAAAAGCAUCUGCUGAAUGGUAUUAUUAUUAUUAUUAUUAUCCACUAAGUGUACAAAACAUUAUGAACACCUGCAGGACAACUCUGCUUACAGGUAAAGCAUGCAAAUACUUUAUAUGUUGGAUAAUGUUUGUCUACCGAAACAACUAUUCUGACAAUCUAAUUAAACAGUUUAUUCAGCGAAUGUCAAUCACUCCAUCAGUCAAUCAAAGCGUGAUUUAAUUUGUUUGAUUUU